AUGGGUGUCGUGUCCUUGGUUAUGGGCGCGGUCGCCCCCUUAUUCAUUGCAUUGUCUCCAAUCACCUCCUAUUCGGACCAGACGUAUUCGAUACAUAGGAACAAAUCUAGUGCCGGAUUCUCGUUGGAUAUCCCGUUGAUCAUGCUGGUUGCAUCUGCUUUCAAAGUGUUCUACUACCCUGGCGCGCAGUUCGACACGGCCCUCCUUAUCCAAUCGAUCAUCAUGAUCGCUAUCCAGCUUGUGCUGUUGAAGGUUGCGCUGGACCACCGACCCGGCCCGUCCUCGAGAGGGGGAGAAAUGGCGAACCCGUUCGCUGGUGCUAGAGAAGGGGAUUCUGGUAUCCAACGGCCGUACAACUUCUGGCAAUGGCGGUCUCCCAAACCAUACUGGCAAUUCAUUUUGUAUAUGUUCAUUGCUCUCGUGUGCAACGAACUCGUGCUUUCCACAGUCCCUAGUAUAUAUGCCAUAUACUCUGCGAGUCUUGGAAUAGCCGGUCUCUCGAUCGAGGCCAUCCUGCCCGUCCCGCAGAUCCUCUCGAACCGCCGAUCGCAAUCGUGCAAGGGCUUUCGGUUCUCCGUACUUGCCAGCUGGAUUGCGGGCGACGUCAUGAAGAUGGUGUGGUUCUUCACGGCGACCAGUGCAAUCCCUUGGACCUUCAAGCUCUGUGGCAUUUUCCAGAUGUGCUGUGACUUCUUCUUGGGCUUUCAGUACUGGAUGUAUGGCGACGGGGAAACGGUCGUCAGGGGUCAUGAACUCAGAUCAAGCAGCCUUGCACACGGUCUUGGAGAGGGGUAG